GUAGUGGUACAAGACACUCACAAGGUACUCACCUACAAGAUGGCUAGAAUCACAGCUCCCGAAUUGGAGCAGUUCAUAGUCGCUACAGUUGAGUUGACUGGACGUGUACUAGGAGCAGGUGCUUAUGGUAGUGUGGAGGAGGUGGAGAUACCUGGAGCAACCGUAGCUGCCAAGAAAUUGCACCAACAGCUUGUCAACCUGGGCUCUCCACGACAGGUUGAGAAAUGGGUGACUGAUUUCGUGGAGGAGUGUAAGCUGAUGAGCCAGCUCCGUCACCCUCACGUAGUACAGUUCCUGGGGGUGAGCUAUCUCCCUGGAGCCCAACUCCCCGUCCUACUGAUGGAGAAGCUACAAACCAGCCUUGACAACCUUCUAGAAACCAGCCCCAACAUUCCUAUUGACUUCAAAGUGCACCUUCUGACGGGGACUGGCCGAGGGGUGGUCUAUCUGCACAGCCGCACUCCACCCAUUGCCCAUCGUGAUCUGUCCGCCAAGAACAUUCUAGUUGAUAACGGUCUCAAUGCCAAGAUAGCAGACUUGGGUGUUUCUAGGAUUGUGAACAUUCAGCCUGGCCGGCUAGCUGCCUCGAUGACUCAAAUGCCAGGCACUGGUGUGUACAUGCCACCAGAGGCAGCUCAAGAGGAAGGGGUCACACGAUACAACACUGCCAUAGACAUAUUUUCCUUUGGUGUGGUAUCUCUCUUCACACUGACACAAACCUUCCCCAAAGAUCUCAAACCUGCAACAUAUCAUGAUCCAGUUACUAGGAGGAUUGUUGGCCGAUCAGAAAUCGAACGCCGUGAAGAGUACAUAAUGCCAAUGAAAACAGCUCUUGGUGAGACCCACCCCCUAGUCCAGUUGACCCUCGCUUGCCUGGAGUAUGUAUCUAAAGAUCGACCAUCUGCUGUGGUGGUGUUGAGAGGAUUGGAGGAGGUUGGAACAACACUCCCUCAGAACUGCACCCAGACCAAGCUGGAACUGAUUCAACAGGUUUCUGUGAUGGAAGAAGAGAUACAGCAUAAACAAGCUCAAAUUGACGCAAACAAAGCACUCCACCUGGAGGAAAUUGAACAAAGGGAUGUUGGAAUCAAUCAACUUCAGAGAGAAAUUUUUGAAAUAUCAUGUCAAUUAAAUGCAAAAGAUGCUCAAAACACUCGAUUACAAGCAUCUAACGAUCGUCUUCAAGCUGAGAAACGAGAGCAAGUUCGUGGACUGGAAGAACUGACCACUCUCCAACAAGAGCAGUUGGAAGUUCAACGCAGAGAAAUUGAUAAUCUCUCCAGUUCAGUACAGAUACAGCCUCUGGAGGAUACACCCAAGGGCUCAGGACAGAGAGAGACAACCACAAACAAAUCCACAAGGGCUGUUACAACCACAAACAAACCCAUAAGAGCUGUUGAUUCGAGCACUGGAAACGAAUUGCUACCACACAAGUCAGCCACGCUACAACCAACUGUUCCUACUGCCAUUACUUUCAUCUGGAUAAGAUGCAAGAACAUACCAGAGGAGAUGAUUGCGUUCGAUCAACCUGUGGCUAGCAACGGGAAGCUGUACAUUAGAGGCUGGAGUAACGGGACUAGGACUGUGCUAGUGUACACACCAGAUCAGGAGAGCUGGGGUAAGCUGCCUCCUCCAGUGAUGCACUUCACCAUAGCAACACUGAGAGGUCGACUACUAGUGGUCGGAGGUGAGGACAAGUCUACUCAUGAGAAAACGAAUACCAUCCUAAUGGGUCCAGUCACUUCCCCACAUGCCAAAUGCAUUAACUUUUCCAAAAGUUAUUGUAUAUCAGAACCAUCUGAUCGUUAUCAGUGGAUAUGACUCAAACGACACUAAGAUAGCUGAAGUGAACAUUCUGAACACAAGCAACAAAUGGAUCACAGCCGAACCACUUCCCAGCACUGAUGAUGACUACAGCACUUGCCUAAUUCGAGACACACUGUAUCUUGUAGGUCAAGAAACUAAGAAAGUGUUUCGAGCUCAUGUGCCCUCCCUCAUAUCACAAGCCAGUUCUGGCAUGUGGGAAUCUGUCACAAGUGUGCCAUUCUAUUGGUCGUCUCCCAUUGCCAUUUGCAACACCCUCCUGACAGUGGGGGGUAGUGUUAAAGAGCGAGGAGGUAACGCUAUCUCAAACAUCCAUCUGUACGAUCCCACUAAAGACCAGUGGACACAAUGUGGUGACCUUCCCGAGGAAAUGUACUGUUGUCAUUGCAUUGAAUUAUCUGGCAAACUGUAUGUACUUGGUGGUGGAAUUGGUUUCACCCCUAUCAGUUCUGUGUACACAUCAAUUACACAUGCGAUGCACUUGUAGUUAGAAUUCCUUGUGAUAUAAAUUUUUUAUUGGGGCGAGCGAAGCGAGUCCCUAUCUAGUCUUCAACGUUGUGAUUCUGUCUGUCUGUCUC